ACAACUCAAAUAUGACAAACUAUUUAUUCCUCUUAUCUCUAUUUUUACUUCCCUUUAUUGCCUUUUCAUCAACUUUCACUUCCCAAAAUCCCAUCGACUUACCUACUGCUACCAAUAAAUUAGUACUAGACACCAACGGUAACGCACUCGAUCCUCGUGCAAGUUACCACAUCGUUUCGAUUGGUCGUGGUGCCGCGGGUGGUGACGUGUACCUAGGUCCCUCCCCAAAUUCAUCUGCACCGUGUCCUGACGGUGUGUUCCGUUACAACUCUGAUGUAGGACGACCAAUCGGUACACCCGUUAGGUUCAUAAUUAAAUCUGAUUAUAGUACCGGAUCAGGUAUUUUCGAAAAUCAAGACGUUAACGUUCAAUUCGAUAUUGCAACGUCAAGACUAUGUGUUAUUUAUGCGAAUUGGAAAGUGGGAGACUACGAUGUAUCGCUCGGAGCGCGAUUAUUGGAGACGGGAGGAACUUUAGGACAAGGAGAUAGUAGUUGGUUUAAAAUUGUGAAAGUAUCAGAAUCGAGUUACAAUUUGUUAUAUUGUCCUGGUCCUUUUGUUUGUCCAUCUUGCCCUGUUGAUGAGUGUCAAGCAGUUGGUUGGGUUAGGCAAGAUGGAAAGAGACGUUUGUGUCUUGUGAAAGAUCAGCCUUUUGGUGUCAACUUUAAGAAAGUCUAGUGAAUUAACAAUGCUUACUAGACUAUGGAUUAUGUUUUAACAUAUUGUCUUGCAAAAUAAAUAAACAUGUGAUGACUACUAUAUGAAACUCUGCUCAGUAUAUUUUAGCAUGGCUUUCUUAAUAAAUUGUAUUUUCUUUUCGUUGACUUUAUGUAAGGACCAUUUGUCUA